AGUAAUGCGGUGGGGUUGGGCUUGUUCCCUCCUAAGACAGAAAGAGGCACCAGAACCGCUGAGUCCCAGCAGAGCUUUAGAGAGCGGGAGAAAUCCAAUCGAUUUCCAGGACUGAGGAGACAGAAUAAAAAAAAAAAAAAAAAAAAAAAAACACAGAACAGCUGAUGCGAAGGAAAAUUCAAGAGAUGACGCAGAGUGGGAAAAUGUGAAAGUGUGAGAGUUUGGAAGGAGCUGGAAACUUUCAGAGGAUUAAUGAAGCAGCCAGAGGAAGGGUGUUGUACAUAAAGGACGACCCAACCAGCUCACUCUGCUCAGUGAUCAACAAGGACUACUGAGGGACCACGAUGGAUGUGCCGGUAUCUUCUCUGCUGCUGCUUCUCUGCUCUCUCAGUACUGCUGUCUGGUCUUGUCCAAAUGGAUGCAAAUGUGCAGAUAGGAAAGUCUUCUGCACUGGCCUUGCUGACUUCCCCACAGCUGUGCCCUCAACUACUACCCAGAUUUUCCUCUCUAACUGCAGUUUUUAUUCUCUGAAACACGAGGAUCUCAAUGAUUUCUCAGUUACUCUUGAACAGUUUGGGAUUGCAAACUCAGAUUUGUUGGAAGUACGCCCUGACACAUUCAGUUCUACUCUAAGCAUAACUCUGAUGCAAAUGACUGAAACUCGUCUACAGGAUCUUCCUGAGAUGUUGUUUCAAAGACUCAAUAAAUUGCAUUCUUUGAAUCUAAAAGCCAACAAGCUCUUUGCAGUCCGGCCAGGGUGGUUUUCCCAGUCGACAGAGCUAAAAUGGAUUGACUUGAGCAAGAACCGAAUCACUUAUGUUCCAGUGGAAACCUUUCAUCCUCUAACAAAGCUGAUACACUUAUCACUUGCUGGAAAUAAUAUUACUCAACUACUCAAGGACACAUUCAAGGGUCUUUCUGAGCUAAAAUACUUGCGUCUUAACAAAAACCUUCUGAUGACGCUUCCUGUUGGCAGUCUGGAUGACCUUGUAAACCUGGAGGAACUGACUCUCCAAGACAACCUAAUCACUCAUCUCCAUCCGGACUUGUUCUCAAAGACUCACAUGUUACAGAAAUUGUUUGUCUCCCACAACCGGCUGACGUCACUUCCGCAGGGGAUCUUCUUUAAUUUGCCCCUCCUCUCUCAGAUUUCCCUGUAUGAAAACAAUCUGGAAAGUCUGGGUCCAGGGGUCUUUGGGCCAAUGGCCCUGCAGCAGUUGUGGUUGUAUGACAACAAACUGAGCCGUGUGGAGGAUGACACAUUCAGGAACCUAACUCGGCUGCGUCUUCUGGUGCUCAGUCGCAACCGGAUCAGCUAUGUAUCCGAAGGCGCCUUUAGAGGUUUGACAGAACUCGGGGAGGUAUCACUGCAUACCAAUCAACUCACAACUGUACAAGCCAGGACUUUUGAAGAUCUGCCCAGUCUGGUCAACAUAUCUUUGGAGCACAACUUCAUCUCUUCCCUUCAAAUGGGUUUCCUCAAGGGCCUGAACAACCUGGGAGAGAUAGACCUGCAUAACAACUCGCUUCCUAACCUACCGCAGCAUAGUCUAGAUGAGCUCACUAAUGCAAAAGACGUCCUUCUACAGCAGAACCCCUGGAGGUGCGACAAGGAUAUUUUGCCUCUAAGGAAUUGGCUCCAACAGCACCCAUCCAAGGUCAACCAAACCCUUGUGGUGUGUGAGACUCCUUUCAACCUGAAGGGCGAGAUCGUAGCAUUGCUUUCAGACAAGGAUCUGGUGCCUGUCAGCCCUACUGAAGUGCCUGUUUUGACCUCAACUGAGAAAAGAAGGAAACCCCAUACACAUCCACCCAAACGAAGCACUCCUUCAACGGGAAUAAAGAGCACACCAACCUCGGAGCAGGAGAACAUGACCGACAGUGGACAGGAGCGAGGCGAACACCCUGAUACGAUUUCAGUCAUUCUGAUUGCACUUGCGGUGGUGUCCACCAUCAUCAUCAGUUCAGUCAUCAUCGGCUGCGUUUGCUGGAAGAGAAACAGGAGAGGCAAUGAAACUAUAAGCCAAAGGAAUUCUGUGCUGUAGACUGGAUCACAAAACCAUGGGCAACCAGAGACUUUUACACUGAAGGGAAACUGUUGAAUGUUGGCUGUGGUUUCACAAAGACCACAGAGUUGGUUGUAGAUCCUCAGAGGCAGCACUAUCAGUCAGUAUUUGUCUUCUGUUAUGUGUUUAAAUAUUGAAGAGCAUGAACAUCUCAUCCACUAACUGUAAAAAGAAGAGAGCCUUAUCAUGUUGUGACCAACCUGCACCUUUUGUGUAAAAAUGUGAGACCAAGCUUUUUUCUGUAUUCAGCAAUAACUGUGGCAGUUUGAUACUGACGUCUCUGCCGAUAAUGCAUUUAGCAGACAGUUUAACUACUGAGGCAAAAUGGUAAUGCAGAAUCUAUUUGUCUACACUUUAACACAGUUUUAUGCAAAAUGCAUGUGAAUAAAUACAAUUUUCCUCACAAUUUA